GUUGGCCGUUGCGUCCGUGCUUGUUUCUCGUUCUGCCUUGGGGGUGCCACAGGUCUGAGGAGGGGCGGCGCUUCGCCCCUAAGCGAUAAUACAGCAGCGGGUCAGACUUAAGCUAGGUGGGUCUGAGGAUGUGUGGGAGGAACAGACCUGAGGGGGUUUUCAUGAAGGAUUUGGAGAACAAACAGAGUUAGCGUACCCGUGGCAUCGCUGGAGGGGCAUUUUGGAGCACGACUGUGUGAACUGGCCCACCCGUUUCAUGGGAGCGAUUGCUGGCUGACUUGCAGGCCGAUCUCCACCUAGUUUCUGGGGCCAGCGUGUGAGAUGCAGGUUAUGGUGGUGUUGGUCAGCUGCUGGCAUCCUGAGGCCGGCUCCAAACAUCUUCCAGACAAACUGUCAUCUGCGGCGGGCUUCCACGUCAGGCAAACCUCGGCUGCUGUCAGACAAAUAGGUUUAAAAAUGUCUGACCAGAAAAAUAUUGUGCACAGAGCCCAUUGUAUUGAAAAGCUACUGUCUGAGAACAAUUUCCAAGAUAUUGAGGAUCAUCUUAAAGAACUUGAAGAUGUUGAUAUGACUAUAGAAUAUCUUCAGGGGACGGAAGUUGCCAAGGCUGUAUAUAGAGUACUCAAGAGCUGCCCUUCUGCAGAACUGAAAAAGAGAGCAAAGCAGUUAUUAUCAAGGUGGAAAGGACUUUACAAGAAUAACUGUGUUCACUCAAUAGGAGUUAAAAAGUCAAUUUCUGUGUAUGCAAAAGAGGAAACUGAACAUCUCAGUGUGGUUCCUACAGAGCAGUCACUAUCUGAAGGACCAUGUCAGCAGGAAGCAUUAGAAGCUACUAGUUCUAAAAUUUUGGUCCCAUUGCAAACUGUUAAAAAUUUGAAAUGUAGCGACACAGAAGGCAGCAUGAAUCAGCUUUCUGCUUUUGAGGAGCAACACACUGAUAAUGAAGGUUCUAAAUCUCUUGUUAAGGAAGGAAGUCUGCAGCAGGAUCCAAUGAGAGCUCUGAGGUGUAAAUGUACGGAUCUUCUUUGUAAAGCUUUGACUGGUCCUGCCAAAGAUGAGGAAGAAUCUGAUAAAUGGCUAGAGCUAGCUAAAGAAAUCGAAGAACACAUUUUUGCUCUUCAUGCUAAAAGUGACAGAAAGUAUAAAAAUUGCAUCAGAAGCAAAAUCUCUAACCUGAAGAACCCUAAAAGUUGCCACUUAAAAGACAACCUUCUUUCGGGGGCGUUGAGUCCAAAGGCUUUUGCUGAGAUGACAGUGAUGGAAAUGGCCAGCGAUGAACUGAAACAGCUCAGGGCUCUGUACACAGAAUCAUCUGUUCUGGAACAUCAGCUUCCACAAGUUAUUAAUGGGACACAGACAAACAAAAUAAAGUGUAAGCGCUGUGAAAAAUUUGAUUGCACUGUCACUAUGAUCGCCAGAGGAACUCUCUUUCUUCCAGGUUGGGUGCGAAACACAAAUCCAGAUGAACAAAUGUUGACUUACGUUAUUUGUAAUGAAUGUGGAGAACAGUGGUAUCACAGCAGAUGGAUUUGUUUGUAACGCUAGCCCUCUUUAGGGGGCUAGAUCCGAGAAGGUAUCUCUGUUGAAACUGUGCAAUUUAAAAUUUUGUAUUAAUAUUAUGUAGAUACUGCCACUAAAAAGUGCAAAAUCAGUUUUAAAAAAUUGCUAAGUUAUU